AUGUCUGAAAAUAGUAGCCCAAUUAAAUACUUUUUAAGUGGUGGAUUUGGUGGUGUUUGCACGGUUUUAGCUGGCCAUCCCAUGGACACUGUAAAAGUAAGACUACAGACUAUGCCAGUGCCGCAAUCCGGGGAGAUUGCCAUGUACGCUGGCACAUAUGACUGCUUUAAAAAGACUAUACAGAAAGAAGGAUUCAGAGGACUGUAUAAGGGUAUGUCGGCACCCUUAACUGGGGUAGCUCCAAUUUUUGCUAUUAGUUUCUUUGGUUUCGGACUCGGUAAGAAACUAAUUAAAAGAGACGAAGACCAAGUUUUAUCAAAAGUGGAACUGUUUGCCGCUGGUGCUUUCUCUGGUAUUUUCACUACUUCCAUAAUGGCACCAGGGGAGCGCAUCAAGUGUCUACUUCAGAUUCAACAGGGUGGCAAUGUGCCACAAAAAUACACAGGCAUGGUUGACUGUGCCAGGCAGCUUUACGCUGAAGGUGGCAUGAGGAGCAUAUACAAGGGCAGUGUGGCCACGAUACUAAGAGAUGUGCCUGCCAGUGGUAUGUACUUCAUGACUUAUGAAUGGGUCAAAGAAGUUCUGGUCCCCCAAGACGCCAGUGCUAAACUUAAGAUGAUGGCAACUAUAGUUGCUGGUGGUUGUGCUGGAAUAGCUAACUGGCUGGUAGGCAUGCCGGCCGAUGUAUUGAAGAGCAGACUGCAAACAGCUCCUGAAGGAACAUAUCCUAAUGGCAUGAGGGAUGUAUUUAGACAGCUGAUGGAAAGGGAAGGUCCUACUGCCUUAUACAAAGGAGUGACACCUGUCAUGCUCAGAGCUUUCCCUGCCAAUGCAGCAUGUUUUGUAGGAUUUGAACUUGCUGUGAACUUCCUCAACUGGGUGGCCCCUAACCUUUGA